ACAGCCUCACUAGUAAACACGCCUGCGAGCGCGGCACUCGCCUUGCCAGAUUGUGAUUUGUGUUCGCGGCAGCACGUCACUUCAGACCGUAAAAAAAUUGUAAGUGUUGUUUUCGUACCAAAUCACUGAUCUGCCACUGACCUCGUCUCACAUAGGUUUCAGUGAACAAUGUCGGCGGACAAAGUGUUCCAUUCCCGCUCGCAAGGCAUCCCGUCCGAGGGGGUGAAGGACCAGUACGCGGACGGGAAGGCGGCUCGCGUUUGGAAGAAGUACAUCGGAGACAGCAACCAGCGCACACAGAACUACAGGGACUUCCUGUCUGGCCUGCUCAAGAAGCACGGCUGCGUCAGUGUACUGGACGUGGCCUGCGGAACUGGAAUAGACUCAAUGAUGCUUCUCGACGAAGGAUUCAAGGUGGUCUCCGUGGAUGCUUCAGACAAGAUGUUGAAGCACGCGCUCAAGGCGAGGUGGGAGAAAAGGAAGGAUUCUCAGUAUGAUGAAUGGGUAAUCGAAGAGGCCAGUUGGCAGACCUUACCGCAGGACGUACAAGGAUUCUUACCCGGCGCGUCAUUCGACGCAGUCAUAUGCCUCGGGAACUCGUUUGCCCAUUUGCUGGACGAGUUCGAAGACCAGCGGACGCAGAAAAUGUGCUUACGCAACUUUGCCAAGGUCCUGAAGCCAGGAGGACUCCUGUUCAUAGACCAUAGGAAUUAUGACGCUAUGAUCGACAGCGGAGCAACGCCCGGUCACUCGAUUUAUUAUAACUGCAAGUACCCAGUGGAUAUCAAAACGUCGGUGCUGGUGGUGAGAGGCAAGCCCGAGCUGGUGGCUCUGGACUACUGCAUCGAUGCCGCCGAAGACGGUCUCACCACUGAGAAGAGCGAAUUCCGCCUGUGCUACUUCCCGCACAAGUUGGAUAGCUUCACGCGCAUGCUCGACGAGGCGUUCGACGGCCGCGCAAAGCACAGCAUCUACGCCGACUUCCAGCCACUCGCGCGCGUGUCCAACCCGGCCUAUUACAUCCACGUCAUGCAGAAGGCUGGGGAUUGACCACGACAGUUCUAACACUAUAAUUAUACCUAUAAGAAGUUUAUAAAAAUGUAAAUGUGCUCAGAACAUGUACAAGAAAGCUGACGAUAUCCAUACGUUUCUUACUAAUAUUAUAUCUGUUUAUUGCGAUUUUUUUUACAAUCCGCUGGGAAGCGCUAAUUUUGUCUUUUCAACCUAGACUCUAUGCCAAAAACGUUAUCUGGUUGCUCAGUUAACAAACAAACACAUUUUCGCAUCCUGGCUUAUAAGUAAAUGCAAAAGUGUGUUUCUUUAUUUGUUUGUCUUUAACCAACGCCUUAACUAAGCAACUAGUUAACUGGAUUUUUAGCAUACAGUUAGUUGAGAAGAAGAGCAACAUAGGCUACUCUUGUUCCGGGAAAAACAUAAAAUUCCCUAGCUGGUUUACAGGAAUAAUCGUAUUUUUACACCAAAUAUCGCAAUUCCUUCACGUCCUGAGAAAAAAACCGCACGACUCUAUUUACUUAGUUAUUAAAUAACUCAGGACUUUAUUAUGAUGGGAUCUGGUAAAAAUCGGGAACCGGGAUCUUUUUGUAAAGUAAAGAGGUGAACUUAUGAUCUUCACGAUCUGAGCUGAGGCGUUAUGGUUACAUCAGCUUUCUUGCGUCGGGAGUUUAACACAAAAUAAGUACAACCAAAUUUAGUACAAAUAAGCAUCGGCUACCUAGUUUUAAGCUAGUGGCUUUUGCUGUAUUAUUUUUCUAUCUUGAAAAUGAAGAACUGGGGGAAUCGCUCGCAAGCGGCUUGCCUUAGAGUGUCUUCAAAAUUUAUUUUUUUCAAGUGGGCCUACUUUAUUAGCAAUUUUGAAACGUCAAGUAUGUUUAUGUUAACCUUACCACCGUUCCGGAAAGCAUAUUUUUAGCCUUUUACCAAAGACGUCUUCGAUACUUUACCUAAAGCCUGAAAGGUAACUUGUAAAAGCCAAGCGAUUUUAUAUUUGUUGUUAUUAAUAAAAAUCUUUAGAAAAAUUGUU